CCGUCCGUCCGUCCGCCCGCAGGCACCGCCGGAGUCGACGCGUGAGUGGCCGCCAGCCGAGGGAGGGCGCGGGCCGGGUGCUGGCCGAGUCCGCGCUGCGCGGAGCCCAGAGGCCUGCGCUCCACGACUCGCGGGGCGGGGGCGGGGCGGGGCGGUCCGGGAUUUCGGGCCUGGACCCCAGGCCUGCGAAAGGAAGGCUCCGGGGCUCCCAGCGCAGUCCUGAGAUGAGACAGCUGGGACCCAGGCUCCCCUUCCUGGGACAGGGAUUGGGGGGUGCCGUGGCAGAGGCCCCUGACUCCUGCUCACCAUCUCCCAGCCCCAGGAUGCUCCCUUUUGCUUCCUGCCUCCCCGGGUCUUUACUGCUCUGGGCGCUUCUGCUGUUGCUCUUGGGAGCAGCGUCCCCACAGGAUUCAGAAGAACCGGACAGCUACACGGAAUGUACAGAUGGCUACGAGUGGGAUGCGGGCAGCCAGCACUGCCGGGAUGUCAAUGAGUGCCUGACUAUCCCCGAGGCCUGCAAGGGCGAGAUGAAAUGCAUCAACCACUACGGGGGCUAUCUGUGCCUGCCCCGCUCUGCCGCUGUCAUCAGUGACCUACAAGGCGAAGGACCUCCACCAUCUACAGCCUCUGCUCAGCACCCCAAUCCUUGCCCACCAGGCUACGAGCCCGAUGAACAGGCGAGCUGUGUGGAUGUGGACGAAUGUGCCCAGGGUUUGCAUGACUGUCGCCCUAGCCAGGACUGUCAUAACCUUCCUGGCUCCUACCAGUGCACCUGCCCUGACGGUUACCGAAAAAUUGGACCGGAAUGUGUGGACAUAGACGAGUGUCGCUACCGAUAUUGCCAGCACCGAUGCGUGAACCUGCCAGGCUCUUUUCGCUGCCAGUGCGAGCCAGGCUUCCAAUUGGGACCUAACAACCGCUCUUGUGUAGACGUGAACGAGUGUGACAUGGGAGCCCCAUGUGAGCAGCGCUGCUUCAACUCCUACGGGACCUUCCUGUGCCGCUGUAACCAGGGCUACGAGCUGCACCGGGACGGCUUCUCUUGCAGUGAUAUCGAUGAGUGCAGCUACUCCAGCUACCUCUGCCAGUAUGGCUGCGUCAACGAGCCAGGCCGAUUCUCCUGUCACUGCCCACAAGGCUACCAGCUGCUGGCCACGAGGCUCUGCCAAGACAUUGACGAGUGUGAAUCAGGUGCACACCAAUGUUCUGAGGCCCAAACCUGUGUCAACUUUCAUGGGGGCUACCGCUGUGUGGACACGAACCGUUGUGUGGAGCCCUAUGUCCAAGUUUCUUCGGACAACCGCUGCCUCUGUCCUGCCUCCAACCCCCUGUGUCGAGAGCAGCCUUCGUCCAUCGUGCACCGCUACGUGAGCAUCACCUCAGAGCGCAGUGUGCCUGCCGACGUGUUUCAGAUCCAGGCCACCUCUGUCUACCCCGGUGCCUACAAUGCCUUUCAGAUCCGUGCUGGAAACACGCAAGGGGACUUCUACAUUAGGCAAAUCAACAAUGUCAGCGCCAUGCUGGUUCUUGCCAGGCCAGUGACAGGACCCCGGGAGUACGUGUUGGACCUGGAGAUGGUCACCAUGAACUCCCUUAUGAGCUACCGGGCCAGCUCUGUACUGAGACUCACCGUCUUUGUGGGAGCCUACACCUUCUGAAGAUGACCCUCGGGAAGGGUUGGGUGGGCCCCCUUUUUAUCCCUUCCAUAGCUUAAGGAGCCUGGGGCUUAGGGGUGUUCUGCUUAAAGGGACAAUGAUGUGAAGGACAAUAAAGGGAGAAAGGAGCCCUGGCUGAGGUGGGUGAGUAACCUCAGCAUGGAAAGCGGCUGGCAUGUGAGAAAUGCAAGCCAAUCCCACCCGAAGGUUCCAGGGCCGAGUCUUCCUUCAGAACGGACCCGAGCAGGGAGUUCUAAGCAGCAUACACUUGAGGCCCUAUCACAGCACCUGGCUGAUGCUGGGCCCCAGAGACCAUGUUCAGAUCAGUGCCAAGAGUUUCAGGGUUACCGCCCUAGCCCUAACCCUGAACUAUGCAUUUGGAUAAGCCCUACUGUUUUCAAAACACUAAAAUGAGGCAACUGGACUGAGAA